AUGAACGACGAAUACACGCCCGCGUCGGACGAGUCUGACUCGUCCGGCUCGCACACAAUCGAGCGCUGCCCCGCAUGCAACGACCUGCUGUGGGCCGACGCCGCGCACUGGUGUCCCGCGCGGCGCCACGAGACGUGGGAGGACGAGGGGGAAUGGGAGGACGUGUCGCAGUCCGACGGAGGGGGGGAGGGUGAGGGAGAGAGGGGCGAGGACGGGAGCCCGUGGGAGAGCGAGAGCGAGAGUGAUAGCUACAGCGACAGCGACACCGAGGCCGAGGCCGAGGACGAGGGCGCGAGCGACAGCGAAAGUGACAGCGACAGCGACAGUGACAGCUACGACGAUCACCCGAUGAUGUUCGUCCUCGAGCUCAACUAG